GUUUUGACUCUGUGCGCUUCUAGGGUUUUAGAAGUAGUCUCCGAAUCUUCACAGAGUUGUACACGGUGGAUCUUCGGUUGUACGUUGAAGAAACUCAUCGACAAUGGACAAAAGUAUGCUUGGAGAUCUGGACUCUCUUCCCGAUGAAGACAAGCUCCGAAUGUCUUCCAUGAUCGACCAGCUCCAAAUCCGCGACAGUUUAAGGAUGUAUAAUACACUGGUGGAAAGAUGCUUCACCGACUGCGUGGACACAUUCCGACGCAAAACUCUGGAUAAGCAAGAAGAGACUUGUGUUCGCAGGUGUGCGGAGAAGUUCUUGAAGCACUCUAUGCGUGUCGGCAUGAGAUUCGCUGAGCUGAACCAAGGUGCUGCCACACCAGACUAAAAUGUGCUUUCUACAUGUGAAUUCGAGGGCAUUCCCUUUAAUAGUUUUGAAGAUUUGUUUUUUGUUAGGAGCUGUUACUAAUGCUACUUUAUUUGGACGCAAUAAGGUAAGAGAUAUCGCUCCCUUUACAAGACUCCCUGCAGCAUAAUCUUUGCUGUUUUUCUUACGUCAAAUAUUACUACCAUAUAAAAUUUCUAUAUUUGUUUCUAAGGUGCAUUUUUCACUUUGUAAUCAUGGCAUUUAAUAAAUGCAAAUAAACUUGAGCUUUUUUUUCGUAGUAUUAUAGUUUGAAGUUAAAGUUGAGCUCAGGUUAUUUUGUGCAGUGGUAUUUAGCAAUGUAACGAUACCCAAGUUUCGUUUGUUUUAAUUUAAUUGAAUUGCAAUUAAAACUUCAAUAUAUACAAUCAUCAUUAGUUAUUAAUCUAGAGACUGGUAUUUCUUACUUUAGCACUUCUAAGCUGAAUCUUUAAUUACUACAGCAUUAAAACUGCUCUUUUCUGUCGAUGCGUAGCAUUUUUUUUUUCAUAGACGUUUCAAGACUAAAAAAAAAUCGCAUUACCUUCAAAAUAAUUUUCAUAUUUUCUUUUCCGGCUGCAAAUAUUUAUCUUACUACUACUAUUUACUGGUACUAUUUUUGAUAAAUUGGCUCCACAUUUCGUUUUCCACUAACUCUUUUUGUUCACGUUUUACAAAACUAAUACUACUUGAUAUAUAAAUUAAGAUUCAUAUUCUAUUAAUUAUUUUCCAUUUUUUAAAUUUAUUGAAACCUGAGUCGAUUCUAAGACAGUUAAUUACCAAAGGGGUGAAUAUAAUUUUAGGAAAUAAGAAAAUACUAGUACUAACUUUUAUAUGCACUUCAGCACCAAAGAAAAAAUUAUCCUUUUUCCGAAACUACCCCUGCCCGCCAUCGUACGCAAACGCCACAGCAUACCCGGGCUAAGGAUAUUACCGGUAUUAUUGGAAAUUCUAUAAAACCUCUCCCCUCAAAAAGUUCAAAACACAGCAUCUACAAAAUCCCAAAACCCUAGCCCCAAAUUGAACUCAUUCGUUUUUCCUCUCAAGAAGAAGAUUUAAUGGCGGAUAAAGCGAUUUCUCUGGACGGUAUCAAGGCCUUUUGGAACUCCCAGGUUCACGAUCCUGCUAAAUGGGAUCACAACGUGAAAUUACUCCGUGCAGUAGGUAUUUUCGCUGGAUCUAUUGUGUUGAUGCGCCAGUAUGGUGAUAUGAUGGCCAUUUGAGAGAUCGGGCAAGGAGUCUGAGCUUCUUGUUGGUAGGAUGGAGUAGUUGGAUGCAUGUUUGCUUUAUCUUCACUUUACCCCUCUGUUUACGAUCUUUGAAUGCAUCGCCUUUUAGACUAGCAAAUUCAUGGUAGAAGUACUUGUAAAAUUUUGAUUCAAUUCUACUGGGGUUUUAUGUGACAUGGUAGUAUUUUCCUAGCAUUUAUGUCCCCCCAUCCAAAGAGAGUGAGCAAAAACAAAUUUUCUACUAUCCCUUUAAUUGUCUCACCUUGGGUGAAAUAUUUAUGUCAUUAAGUCAAUCCGUUCACUAGUUAUUGCUCAAA